AUGGCUUCUCGUCGUUCUGUGAGCGAUAGGCCUCGUGGCUCCUCGCAAGAGUCCAGUGAAUCACAAGAAGACUUGGUGCUCUAUCGGGGUUUUCGCAUAGUCAAUGGUCCUGAAAGACAGCCUUCGGUCCCACCAAGCACCCAAAAAGCUCAACAAGAUGAGGGUUUUGCUCGAUUUCUGAAGAAACACUCCUCUCCAACCCAUCAACGUGUGACUGCUGGAGGUCGCAUCGUACCAAUGGAACAUCGUCCACGCCCACCAGCAUUCGCAUUGCCACAAUCUAAGCAGGCCAAAGAGACCGAGUUGGCAAACGGCAUGGAUAGUGAUGUGGAGCGCAGCAACGACAGUGAUCAAAAUGCACCAAAGCAAGAGUUGCCAGAGAUGCCAGAGUUGCCAGAGUUGCCCGCCCACUUCAAGCUCGCUCCGGAAGCUGCACAGGCACAGUUCAUGCAUGCACAGCUUCCCAUGAUGGACAAUCGGAACAUGAUGCCUGGCCCCUUCACCAAUAAUAUGAUGGCUCCGACAGACACCUUUCCAGUUGAUGCUCAUCGCAUGCAGACACCAUUCUACAAUGGGGUCAUGCCAACACCAACCUUCCCAAAUAUCUAUGACCCGUUUGGUUUUGCACCCGGCCAGAUGUAUCCUACGGGAACCAUGCCUCCCAAUGCACCACUGUCUGGCUUUAGCGGAAACAUGGAACCUCAAUUUCAAAUGCCACUGGUCCCGUCAACAGAUACCACCUGUUUGCCUGCUGUGAACACAGUGCCAAAGGAACAACGUCCACCGUCGAACCCGGAUGAACUGCACUCUCGUAACAUGCUGCAGGAAGCUAUCAACCGCUUUGAUGAUCUAGAUCAGCAACUCAAGAAUCUUGAUCGCCAUCGAGCCAUGGGUGAGCGCGAUCCUCAGGUCGUAAGCCAGCGUGUUAAGAUCGUCGCACUGCGCGCAGACGCAAAAGCAAGCAUGAAUUACUGGACCUCAGUCGUCGAGAACAAGCUCAAGGAUAUGGGUCGGAAGUGUGCAGAGGGCACCGGACAUACUUUCAAUGUGGAAGCCGCUGAUUAUGUUCCUCUGAGUGCGGGUGACCAAGCCAAUGGCAACAGAUUCAACAACUAUCCACGAGCAGUCCCGCUGAAGGCACCUCCCAAGCGCGGUCAUCGUCGAAUUCCAAUCGUGGCCCCUCGAAAAGAUUCGUCAGGAUACUCGAAGAAUGGUCAAGGCACAGAGACUGUGUUCGUCGAGGUCGAUGAAUGGGGUGCUCGCAUUGGUGAGCCGCCGGACGAGAUUCAACUUCAGCAGAGCAAGAUGCUGUUGGAGUUGGACCGUGAGCUUAGCAUCUCCCCUCGGGAUUCAUUCAAUAGCUCUGGCUCAGGAAGUGGCACUGGAAUAAGCCCUGCUGUGACGUUGAAGUCAUCUCCAGAGAAAGACAAUCUUGCACAAGUCAUCCCAGAACAGCAGGGAACCAUGCAGUAUGGCAAAAGCGAAUGGGUUCCGAAGAAGCCGGAAAGCGGACCAUCGACGGUUGAAGCAUUUUCUGAGGUGCAACUCGACGCAAUGCGUCUUCCGGUUGGAUUCACUACCACAGUCAGACUGCCAGAUGGUUCUACCAGCGUCAUUGCUGGUCAAGGUCUACAACGCCCACCUUCUGUCAAGAUGGAUGAGUUUGAACGUGGAUAUUGGACCAAGAAGCCUGAGCUGUCAUCGGACAUGGCAGCCAACUUUGUGAAUAUCACAGCUGAUGCUGGACCUGGCCGUGUUGAUCAAAACAAUCGCAAGGAAAACGCCAUGCUCGAAACACGAUCUGGAUAUUCGCACGGAGGAAUGUCGAAUUGGACGGUUCCUGAAAACGCGGGUAAUCGAUCUUUCAAAACUCCACGAUUUGGACGCAAUGCCUACACCUCAGUCACUGGCGCAUCGACCUCAACUGACACUGUACUGUCGACCAUUCCUGCCGCUACUUCGCCCGUACGUUUGUCACGAGACAAAGUAGGCUGGUCGACAAGUGAGUAUCCCAAGACAGGUCGUGAGAGUCAGUACGACGCGACGAACAUCAAGGGCUAUUCGUCAGUGUCUGUCCAAAAUGUUCACGCCAUGGGUCGUUUGCCAAACAUGGUGGAUGGGGCAACUGACAUGCAGCAACGAUCUGCCAUGUCGAUGCUUUCGAAGGUUCGAAGUCCUGAACUUGGUCGAAUUCCCACUGGUCCCAGAAAUGGCUAUCACCAUAAUCCUCGGGGCCAGAAUAUUGGCGGAGGCGUGAUGUUGCCAGCUCACGAAGUCUUCCGUCAUCCAACCACCAAGUACGAGAAGAUGUGAAUGGACGAAGUGGAAGACUGUUUGCCGCAGCUGUGCAAUUCAUGGAUCAGUGCAAGGAGAUUCGUUUUGGCCGGGCGAAAAUUGGUCAAGUUUAUUGGAAAUGGCACAGAGUUGACAUGAAUGUAUGUUGUUUCUGCAUAUCAUAGAAACACACAGGGCGUCCUUUGGGACGGACUGGUUAUUGGAAAAGAAGGAGUUUUCCAGACUGCUGUAUUGGUGAGAUGCCGAGGUGAG